AUUAAAACUGAUGUCACCAUGAACCGAGAAACUUUCUCCGUGUCACAUUUAAGUGUGUUUUGCUAUUACUGCUCAUUCAGACGGGGAAAAGCCAUCUCCUAUUUACAGAGUGUUUCCAGACGCGUCCAGCACACGUGUUUAACAGGAAAUCGAUGAAAAUUGCGCUGCUUUUGUCCUCGAAAAAUAAAACUGCUUUACGGAUUCUGAGCCUAUUGCAUUUUUCUGGGAACCUACCAAACACCCCCAUUGCCGGUGUUCUGAGUACGCUAGGUCUUAGCUUCUGGUGUCCACCCCUACUUUCACCAAACAUAUCAUCUACAAGAAGCUGCUUCUGUACCAUGGCAGAAAUGCAAGAUAGUCACAAUGAAAUGGGGCUGUACACCCCAAAUCCUGAAGUACGUGGGAUGACUUGUCUAAAUCGGGAUGCUUUCAAUAAAACCAUACACGUUCCGGUAAUUAAAGUAAAAAAAGAAAUAAUCAAUAGACUCAUGAAGUCUCUUAAACACAGACUUAUCCAAAGGCCUAGCCUAAAGAGAGUCAUUGAGGAUCCGAAAGAUGAAGUCAACAAACUGGUCUUAUUGGACCCUUAUAAAGUGAAAUCCAUAGACUCGUUUGCUGAAAGUGAUCAUGCACUUUUCAAACAGUUCGACGUUAGCCCUCAGGUUUCUCAGUAUGAACUGCAGCUCACUUAUGAAAACUUUAAAUGUGAAGAAAUCUUAAGGGCAGUUCUACCUAAAGGCCAAGAUGUUACCUCCGGAUUCAGCAGGGUUGGACACAUUGCUCAUAUGAAUCUCCGAGACCAUCAGCUUCCAUACAAAAAUGUAAUUGGUCAAGUUAUAUUAGACAAGAAUCCAGGUAUUACAUCUGUCGUAAAUAAAACCAACACAAUUGAUUCAGCAUACAGGAAUUUCCAGAUGGAAGUGUUGGCAGGUGAAGAAAACAUGAUAACAAAGGUUAAGGAAAACUACGUCACUUAUGAAUUUGACUUCUCCAAAGUCUAUUGGAAUCCACGCCUUGCCACAGAGCACGAUCGCAUCAUUGGAUUAUUAAAAGCCCGAGAUGUGCUGUUUGAUGUGUUUGCUGGUGUGGGACCUUUCGCUAUUCCCGCUGCCAAAAAAAACUGCACGGUGUAUGCCAAUGACCUGAAUCCAGAAUCCUAUAAAUGGUUACUACAUAACUGCAAACUUAAUAAAGUAGAAAGAAGGGUCCAGACAUUUAAUGCUGAUGGAAGAGACUUUAUAAAGACAACUAUAAAGAAAGAGUUACUUAAGUAUGCGAAUGUGCCUUCUGCAGAGGAGAAACCCAGUCUUCAUAUUGCUAUGAAUUUGCCGGCACUAGCUGUGGAAUUUCUUGAUGCCUUCAAAAACCUGCUGGAAGAAGAGCCAUGUAGCAGUUUCAUUGUUCCAACUAUACAUUGCUAUAGCUUCUCAAAAGAUGAUGACCCCCUGCAGGAUGUGAAAGCAAGAGCAGAGUCCUUUUUGGGAACGACUUUAGAAGAUUGUUCUCUGCACCUUGUGAGGAAUGUGGCACCAAACAAAGAGAUGGUGUGCAUCAGUUUCCAGCUACCCACUUCUGUGCUUUUCCAGUCAGACACUGGUGAACCAGAGUCAAAACGGCCUCGAACAGCCAAAGAAAGUAAAUUGGAUUAGAAAAGAAAAAGGCAUUGGAGCUGCCAUCAUGCAAAUAGCAUUCCUUUUGUUUUACAUUUUUGUUUUGUAUUAGCCAAACACACAUCUAGUAAAGUGAUUUUAAUCUAAA